AUGCGCUUUGAGCUCGGUCGCACAUUCGUUCCAAUCCUGCCCUCGCUUAUCAAAUCUUGCAUCAGGCACCAGGCCGCCAGUCAGCUUAGCGACGGGAUGGAUGGUAGCUUGGGCGUUUGUGGGGAACUGUACCACUGUUGGGGACAGUUGGUGUUACUAACAGCUAUGUAUGUAUGUAAUGAAUGUUCGCGGCUGCGUUCGCUAAUAACGGAAGUUGAGGGGGAGAACAUCGAUAAUCGAGUCGACGAGUCCAGCGCCGCCCAGCAAGAAAUGCCCCCUAUCCUGGUUGUCGGAACGGGCUAUGCCGCUGUGCGAUUACCCGCUAGGAUACCAUGCUCAGUUGUCCUUCCAUGCCUUGAUUUCUUUGCCUACAAUCUAGCAACCCAUUCUUCUCCAUACCGAAACCGCGGGCGAACAGUAGCAUACUUUCCGGCGACCGAAGGACUGUACGAGCGAGUAGCCACUUGUUCCCUGCUGCGGGUAUAUCUUGUCGAAGGAUCAGCAAGCGUGCAUUCAAGCUCCACCAACCUCCGCUCCUGGCUUGCAGGAUCGAGAUGCCAGAAAGCCCCGCUGACCAUUGAAACGAACAGCCCCUAG